UUCCUCUCAACCAAAUUCUUAAUUUAUCCUCAAGUGAAGCACUUUGUUUUUUCAUCUGUAUAUUUCAUAAAACCUCCUCCAAAACAAAAAAAAGAUGGCCGAGCAGAUGGCCGAGAAGAUGGCCGAGUCAAUUGCUAGUGCUGUUGUUGAGAACAUAGCUGAUCCGAUCAGUGUUGUGCGCAAGUGCAACGAAAAUGUUCAGAAUCUGAAGAAUCAAGUUGAGGCGCUAGAGAAUAAAAUUAGGAGUGUGGAGGACUCUAGAGCAUUUGUUCACAGGAGGGGGGAAGACAUUUUUGAGGAGGUCCAGACUUGGCUGAAUAAAGCGGACGAGUUCAUCAAACGUGCACGGGAAUCUAUAGGAGUUGGUGAUGAAUUAGCCGGAAGUGAGUCUUUCUUUCGGCUGUGGCCCAAUCCCUUGGGUCGUUACGACCUCAGCAAGAAAGCAGCGCAGAUUGCGGGGGAUAUUGCAAAUCAUGUGCAGGAAGCUCCUAGAUUCGACUAUCCAUUUUCCCACGCUCCUCCUCCACAACAGGACGUGGCUGCAGUUGUCGAAGGUUUUGAGGAGUUUCCCUCUAGAAUGGCUGUUUUGGAGCAGAUCAUGAAGGCAGUAAGAAAUCCAAUCGUCAACACGAUCGGAGUGCAUGGGACUUCUGGCGUGGGGAAGACUUUCCUUGUAAAAAUGGUUAAAGGAAAAGCCAAGCAAGACAGCUUGUUUACUGCGGUAGUUAUGGCUAAAGUGACAAAGAACCCGGACUUGAAAAGUAUUCAACAUGACAUCGCACGCGACUUGGGUAUGGAUCAGCUUCCUACCGAACUUCCACCACAACAAGUUGCAGAUCGAAUAAAGGCAAAGCUCAUAAAAAAGAAGAAAUUUCUUGUAAUUUUGGAUGAUGUUUGGGAGGCUGAAAUAGAUUUGAAGAAAGUUGGAAUACCUUCUGCAAGUGAGCUGAAGCAGGCUAUGGAGAAAAGGAAUGAAGAACGCUCAUCUGGACAAGAAGAAAUGCUCCGCAAGAUUCUACUAACCUCAAGAGAUCCGAAUGUUCUCUCUGGUAUGAUGGAUGAGAAAGAUCAGGUCUUCAAGGUACAUGAAUUAGAAGAUGAUGAAGCAUGGCAUCUAUUCAAGAAGAUUGCUGGCAGCAAAGUUGAAAGCUCUGAUCUUCAACCGACAGCUAAAGAGAUCGUUAAGAAAUGUCUCGGGUUACCCGUUGCUAUUGCAUCAGUUGGAAAGGCCAUGAAAGGUAAGACUCGGCAACAUGAGUGGAAAACUGCUCUUGGGGAAUUGAAAAGGCCUAAUCCAGAAGGGAUAUCUGCAGCUGUAUACAAGCCUAUAGAGUUGUCCUACAAGUACUUACAAGAAGAUGAACUCAAGCAAACGUUCAUGCUUUGUAGCUUGCUGGGCCAUGACUCUUCAAUCAAUGACUUGUUAAAAUAUGGUAUGGGCUUGAAUUUAUUUCGAAAGGUGAAAACAGUGGAAGAGACAAGAGACAAAGUACUGACACUGGUUCACAAUCUCAAACGCUCUUCUUUGUUGGUUGAUGGUCACAGUAAUAUGCAUUUUGGUAUGCAUGAUCAGAUUCGGGAGGUUGCCCUGUCAAUUGCUUCUAGGGACCACGGUGUAUUGGCUUUAGCAGAUGAAGAUGAAGGAAAAAACUGGCCAGAAAAGGAGACAAUGGAAAAGUUAAAGUGGAUUUAUUUGUCAAAUACUGAUCCUGAGCUCACGAGAAAUGGGUUGAAAUGUCCGCGGCUCACUUUCUUUCAUUUGUCCAACAAGGGUCGUUCUCUAGAAGUUCCAACAGAUUUGUUCACUGAAACAGAAGGGCUCAAAGUCUUAUGUUUGACCAAAAUUGAUUUUCAGUCAAUGCCUUCACAAAUUCCCUUGAUCCCAACAAACCUUAAAACAUUACUUUUGGACCAAUCUGUGUUGAGAGUCGAAGAACUAGGCAACAUUAUGGGAAAUCUGGAGAAGUUAGAGGUCCUAAGCCUUGCAGGCUGUGACAUUGAAGAGUUGCCAAGAGAAAUGGAGAAGCUGACCAAGCUAAAGUUGUUAGAUGUGAGUGACUGCACCAAACUCAAAGUAAUUCCACAACAAGUCUUAGCAAGAUUGUCUAAAUUGGAAGAGCUAAAAAUGGGAAACAGCUUUGACCAAUGGGGUGAUGUGGAGGGAGGAAAUGCUAGGCUUGCUGAGUUAACAGAGUUGCGUACGCUCACUGCUUUAGAGGUACGUAUUCCUAAUUUCCGAGAAACUUUGUUUCCUGAAAAUCUGGAAAGGUUCAAGAUUUUCAUAGGAAUAGUAAGCAGGAUGCCUUGGAUGCCCGGGUGGGUUUACUGUUGGGACAGUAACUCUUGGAACAGCUCUUUUGAAAACUCAAACAUAAUGAAGCUAAAGCUGCAGGGUGCAGGCAUUAAAUCUAAUAACUCAGUUAAGAAGUUGUUGAAGAAGACAGAAGAACUGUAUCUAGAGGGAUUAAAUGGUGUCGAGAGUUUACUUGAGGAGUUAGAUGAUGAAGGUUUUCAACAUCUGAAGUGUCUUCAUGUCCAAGAUGCUCCAGACAUUCGACACAUCUUUAACCCAGCAGGGAGGUUGCUUCCUUCCCAGGUAUUUCCCAUCUUGGAGGUAUUGACCCUUCCCAAUUUGCAAAAAAUGGAGAAGAUAUGUCAUGGUCUGACUGGAGCGGCACCUUUUAAAGUGUUAAGAAAGAUAACUGUUGUUCGUUGUGAUCAAUUGAAGAAUCUGUUCUCCUUCUCCAUGGCCAGACAGCUUCCCCUUCAAGAAAUAACAGUAGAAGAAUGCAACAACAUUGAAGAGAUUAUUGAUGACGUGGAGGAGCAAGGCAACGGAAAUGAUAUCGUUGAAGAAAGUGAAGGAUGUAAGCUUGGUGGCAGUCUGCGGUCCUUAACAUUGAGAAGGCUACCAAAACUGAUUAGCUUCUUCAACAGUGGUAAUUGCAGCGGCAUCUCACUUUUCAACGAUAAGUUUCUGUUUCCAAACCUAGACGAGCUGCAAUUGUUAAGGAUUAAAGUUGACAUGAUUUGGAUAGCAUCUUACUGUGUUGAGAACCUGACGAAAUUGAUAAUUCGUGGCUGCGAUAACUUGAAAUACCUAUUCUCAUCCACUAUGGCUAGAAGUCUAGUGAAGCUUGGACACCUUGAAAUAGAGGAAUGCAAGAUGAUGACAAAGGUUCUUUCUAAAGAGAAUGAAGAAGAAAAGGGGAAUUUGAUUUUCCCUGGGUUGAAAUUUCUACAGUUACUGCAACUCCAAAACCUUGUUAGCUUCUACUUUGGAGACUCUACCAUUGAGUUCUCAUCCUUGAAUAAAUUGAUUGUAUCGGGCUGCCCAAAAUUGAAGGGUUUCGCAGUUAUGUCUACAAACACAGAUGUUGCAGUAGGUAUUCAGCCUUUCUUCAACGAACAGGUUGACAUUCCUCUCUUGGAUGACUUGUUUCUGAGCUCCAUUUGUGUACAGAAAAUAUGGCACAGCCAAAUUACAUUAAUGACCUCAUUUGUUCAAAACUUGAGGAAAUUGACUCUGUGGUACUGUAAUAAUUUGAAAUAUCUCUUCACAUCAUCGAUGGUGAAAAGUCUUGGGCAACUUGAAGUACUUAAGAUUUGGGGCUGUAAGGAGAUGCAAGUGGUAAUACUGAUAGAAGAAUUGGUAGAAAAAGAAAAGACAAGCCAGGCAAUGUUUCCCAAAUUAGACAACUUAAAGCUCUAUAACCUUCCGCAACUUAUAAGAUUUUGCUCCAAUUGCAAUUCUCUUGGAGAAGUAUAUGAAGCUCAAGGACACAAUGGUAGUGGAUCACAAGUAGUUGCAGCCACACAAUCAAAUUUGGUGGAAACAGAAGUCACUCAGUUUGUGUUUCCUCAAGUAACAUACCUGGAACUUAGUCAUCUACCCAAUUUUAAGGGUUUCUUCCCUCAAAUGUACAUCACAAAAUGGCCAUUGUUGAAAAGAAUGCUUGUGCAACAAUGUGACAAGGUGAAGACAUUUGCUUCAGAAUUUCUAAGCAUUGAAAUAACAUAUGGAGACAACCAACUUGAAAGGCAAACUCAAGAUCCUAUGUUUUGGAUUCGCAAGGAUUCAUUCCCCUGUCUAGAACAACUGAAAUUCAAAUAUAAUAGCAUGAAGGAGAUAUGGCGUGGUCAAUAUCCAGUGGUCUAUUUUCCCAAACUAAAAGAUAUUGAACUCCUCCAAUCCCAAAAUUGUUCAGCUCUUCUUCCUUCUUUUAAUUUCUUCUUCCAGACACUACCUAGUCUUGAGAAGCUGGAUGUGAGUGAAGCUUCCUUUCAUGAAAUAUUCCAAUGUGAAAGACUUCAUAGUGAGGGAAGACCUGUUGGAUACUUUGGGUUUGAAAGUUUGAAACUCUUCGAGUUUUCUGAGUUAAUUCAAAUUUGGAAAAGGAAUUCUGAAGAAUUAGCAUUACCUUUCAAAAAGAUUCAAUCUCUAGAAGUUAAUAAUUGUAGCAGCUUGAGCUACCUUCUAACCCCCUCCAUGGUAAUGCGCCUUGAGCAACUCAAGAACUUGAAGGUAAAAGACUCUGCAGCAAUAGGACAAGUGAUCAUGGCUACAAGAGUUGGGGAGGUGGUUGAAUCUGACUCAAUAUUAUUCCCACAACUAAAGUCCAUUUCACUAGAGUUUUGCUCCAAGUUGUCAAGUUUCUAUGUGGGAAGUAAGACCCUCAAGUUUCCAAUGUUGGAGGAAAUUACUGUGAUGGACUGUCUAAAGAUGGUUAGAUUCACUUCUAAAUUUUCAAGUGAGCAAGAGAAAGAGACAACUGAUGGAAGAAGUGAGGAAUUGCUUGUCAAGAAAGAACUUAAUAUCUUCAUUGAGGCCUUUUUCUGUGAUGAGGUCGAGUUUCCCAAUUUGAACCUUUUGAAGCUGUCUUCAAUUAACAUUAGUCAAAUUUGGAACAAGAAUCAUGAAGCAAUCUCAUCUUUCAAAAAGCUUCAACAUCUAGAAAUUUGUAAUUGUAGCAGUUUGAGCUACCUUCUAACCCCUUCUAUGGUAUUGCGCUUUGGGCAACUCAAGGACUUGAAGGUAAAAGACUGUGCAGCAAUAGAACAAGUGAUCAUAGCUACAAGAGUUGGAGAGGUAGUUGAAUCUGACUCAAUAUUAUUCCCACAACUAGAGUCCAUUUCACUGGAGUCUUGCUCAGAGUUGUCAAGUUUCUAUGUGGGAAGUAAGAUCCUCAAGUUUCCAAUGUUGGAGGAAAUUAUUGUAAAGGAAUGUCUAAAGAUGGCUAGAUUCACUUCUAAAUUUUCAAGUGAGCAAGAGAAAGAGACAACUGAUGGAAGAAGUGAGGAAAUGCUUGUCAAGAAAGAACGUAAUAUCUUCGUUGAGCCCUUUUUCUGUGAUAAGCUAGACUCUCUAGUUCUCCAAGAACUUCCAAAACUCACUAGAUUUUGUUCUGGAAAUUUUUUUGAAUUCCCCUCCCUUACAAAACUUACAAUAAGCAAGUGCUCUAUGUUGAAGACAUUCAUCUCCGGUUUUGCUAUAGGGAACACGACAAUCAACACUGAAAAUGAAGUGAAUGCUGCACCAUCUCUCUUUUGUGAAAAGGUCAAGUUUCCCAAUUUGAACUUUUUGGAGCUAUCUUCACUUAACAUGAAUCAAAUUUGGAACAAGAAUCAUGAAGAAAUCUCAUCUUUCAAAAAGCUUCAACAUGUAGAAGUUUGUAAUUGUAGCAGCUUGAGCUACCUUCUGACACCUUCCAUGGCAUUGGACCUUGUGCAACUCAAGGACUUGAUGAUAAAAGAUUGUGAAACAAUGGAACAAGUGAUCAUGGCUGCAGGAGUUAAGGAGGUAGUUGAAACUGGCUUAAUAUUCCCACAACUAAACAACAUUUUGCUAGAGUCUUGUUCAAAGUUGUCAAGUUUCCACGCGGGAAGUGAUACCCUCAAGUUUCCAAUGUUGAAGAAAAUUACUGUAAAGAACUGUCUAAAGAGGGUUAGAUUUGCUUCCAAAUUUCCAAGUGACAAAGAGACAGAGAUAGCUAAUGGAAGAAGUGAGGAAGUGCAUGUCAAGGAAGAACCUGAUUUCUUCAUUGAGGCCUUUUUCUGUGAUGAGGUUGAGAUUCCUAACUUGGAGACAUUGAUUCUGUCCUCAAUCAAUACAAAGCAAAUUUGGAACAAUCAACUUUCAUCAAUAUCUUCAUUUGCUCAAAAUUUAACAAAGUUGAAGGUGGUCAAUUGUUCCAAUUUAAAGUAUCUGUUUACAUUCUCAAUGGUUAAAAAUUUUGCGCAACUUAAAGAACUCGGGAUUAGUGGAUGUGAGAUGAUGGAAGUGGUAAUAUUGAUAGAAGGGACAAUGGAAGAAGACAAGAUGUGUCAGGCGGUGUUCCCCAAACUAGAGACCUUGACACUUAAUGACCUACCCCAACUUGCAACAUUUUGCUCCAAUUGUGAUUCUCUAGGAAAAUUUUCUGACUCUGAAAGAGUCAAUUUUGAUACUGUAUCACAAAAACUACUAGCCACACAAUCGACUUUGGUGGAAACAGAAGCCACUAAGCUUGUAUUUUCUCAAGUGACAAAGCUGCUGCUUAGACUCUUACCGAAAUUCAAUAGUUUCUUCCCUCAAAUGCAUAUCACAGAAUGGCCAUCAUUGAAAAGUUUAGUUGUGAUUGAAUGUCAUGGAGUGCAAAUAGUUGCUUCAGAAUUUUCAAGCACUGAGAUGACACAUGGAGACAGCCAACUUGAAAGGGAAUCUCAACAUCUCAUGUUUUGGAUGAGCAAGGUACGUACUAUCAAGUCCAAAAGGCUACAUUUCCUAGUCUAGAACGGCUGGUUGUGAAAUGGAAUGACAAUAUAAAGAUACAGUGUGGACAUCAUCCAGAGGGGUAUUUUGGUAAACUAAAGGUUCUGCACCUCCUUGGCUUUCCUAAGCAAUCGGCUUUUCUUCUGCCUUUCUUCUUCCACUCCCUGCCCAAUCUCGAAAAGCUUCUUGUGAAGGAUGCUUUCUUCGAUGAAAUAUUCCAAUGUGAAGAAGUUACUGGUGAGGAAAAACCUUUAUGUGGACGCACUCCAUUAAGGACAUUAAGAUUGUCCAAACUUCAUGAGUUAACACAUCUUUGGAAGGAAGAAUCCCAACUCGAAGUAGACAUUCUCAGAAACCUAGAAACUCUAAAAGUGCAGGAAUGUAGCAGAUUGAAGAAUUUAGUUCCCUCCACUGUAUAUUUCACCAAUUUGCAGACUCUAGUAGUAUCUGAGUGUCAUGGACUUGUCAGUUUAGUGAGAUACUCAACCGCAAAAAGCUUGGGGCAGCUCUAUGAGAUGAAAGUAGCCAAUUGUGAGAUGAUAGAAGAAAUUGUCGUAUGUUCGGGUGAUGCUGUGAAGGAUGGCAUUGUUUUCACCAAUUUGAAUUGUUUGCAACUUAAAGGUCUACCAAGACUAGAAAGCUUCUGCUCAGGGGACUGCAACUUUAAAUUCCCAGAUUUGGAAGAGGUAAUUGUUACAGAGUGUCCAAAUAUGCAGAUUUUCUCUAAGGGAGAACUAAGCACACCAGAACUGCAUGAAGUGAAAUUGACAGGAGAUAUAUAUGAAUAUAUGGAUAAAGAUAUCGAUGAAGAUAUAGAGAAAAAAAUAGAUGAUAUUUUUA